UAGUAGUAUCUUUUAUUUAAACUAACGGAAGCCGGGAAGGGAAAAGCUGAGUUCCGCGUAAGUGUGCAGGCUUUGACAAAAAUGUGUUCAGUUAUUCACCUUUAGUAAUUGUGUUCCUUAAGAGGCAAACAAAGACCUCCACUGAUGCUGACUGGAUGCAGAAAUCUCCUUUGGACCUUUUUGUCAUUCACAAAUAGAAGAUACUGGAGCAGUAAAUAUUUAAACUCCCAUACUGCACUUUGUUCUUCAGCCUUAGCAGCAUCAUCCAUUCUCCCAUCUUUCCCUUUACCCAGUAAGAGCUACAGCUCCCUGAAAAGCAGACAAAUCUCUCUUCACUAUCCAUCAGUUCACCUCUCCUCCACCCGCUGCCUUUCUAGUUCUACUUGCCACACUGGCUUGAUGGAGUUAAAAGACAUUCUGCAGGUGUUGGAGCAGCUGGCUCCUCUGUCACUUGCUGAAUCGUGGGACAACGUCGGCUUGCUGGUUGAGCCAAGCAAAUGUAGACCAGUUACAACCAUACUGCUGACCAACGACCUCACAGAUACCGUCAUGGAGGAAGCAGUGGCUGUCAGCUGUGACCUCAUUAUUUCAUAUCACCCACCAUUGUUUCGGCCAAUCAAACGACUGGUUCAGAAAGACUGGAAGCAGCGAUUAGCCAUCCGGGCUGUUGAGGCUGGGAUAGCAAUCUUCUCUCCUCACACAUCAUGGGAUAGUGUUAAAGGAGGCGUGAACGACUGGCUGGUCGGGGGCCUUGGCAGAGGUCAGGUGUCUGUUUUGAGUCAAGCCUUUGGUGGCGCCUCUCCCAAUCACAAACUGGAGUUCAUGGUCAGGAGCACAGAGGAACUUAAUGCUGUUAUGGAGGAGCUGAAGGCUUGCGAUGGUGGAACAACCCUACAAUAUUCAGGCAGCAGCGCAGACAACAGUGGCGUUCGUGUCAGCAUAACCUGCAGUGACUCAGCACUGACCCCGAGUGUCCACACUCUGUUACAACACAGCUCUCCCAGCCAGUCGCUCAGUAUCCUCAAGUUGGAGAAGCCACCUCUUCCAGGCCAUGGCCAAGGCCGACUCAGUGUUUUGGACCAGCCGGUAACUGUGGCAACAGCCAUCCAGAAGAUGAAGUCUCAUUUGGGUUUAAGUCAUCUCCGGCUGGCUCUGGGAUCAGGGAAGACUCUAGAGUCGUCUGUGUGCGUGGUGGCUGUUUGUGCUGGUUCUGGAGCCUCGGUGCUGAGUGGAGUCAAAGCAGACCUCUACAUCACAGGGGAGAUGUCCCAUCACGAAGUUCUGGAUGCAGUGGCAAACGGAACCAGUGUCAUCCUCAGCGAUCACAGCAACAGUGAACGAGGUUUCCUGGCUGUGUUCAGGGAGAGGCUUGCUGCGACUCUUCCUGACAGCGUAACAGUGGUGGUGUCGAAGGCAGACAGGGACCCUCUGGAGGUUGUCUGACCCACUCAGUUUGAAGUUGAACUUGUUAGUCUGUUGGAUGAUACUAAUCCAAACUGAUGUGUAUGACAUGUUUGCAUGAAAGCUCUUGCAGAUCUUGCACAUGCAGGCUCUUUAUGUAAUCUACAGCUGUAGAGGCGUGCAAUGAUGCAAAGUGCUACCUUGGUACAUUAUUUACAUGCACUGUAUGUUUGGCAAGCACUUAAUAAAAAUGGAUCCUGGUUGAUAAAAAUAGAUUGUGUGAAU